AUGGAGUAUGAAGAUUUGAUGACAAGAAACAAAAAAAAACGACCGGGGAAGAAGAGGAACAACUACGUUGGAUUGGAGCACAGGGCUAGACUAGAGAAAAUGGCUACAAGCGGCAAAAUGAAGGCAAGUGACUCAAUUGUGUCCUGCAUAAAUCUCUCUCCAUACAAUGGAGUUGACUGUCCGGAUGUCAAGGGAGUGAUCGGAGUGCAUGCAGACUUUGGCGUCACACUGUCUCCGGUGAAGAACUGUUGGUCUGGAUUGAAGUUCGCACCGAAGAAAAUCGAGGUAUCUUGCCCCGGUGUCUUGAAUGGCGUUGGCAAAUUUGGUGACGCAGGAAUCUCGUUGUAG